AAUAACGUAGGCUUCCUGCAGAGGAACAACAGUUUGGAAGACAAGAGCAGAAUUGUGAGUUCCUUCAAAGAGAGACAGUCCUCUAAGAACCUCCUGGUCUGUGAGAACAUUGAGAAGGAAUCAAGGUUCCGACGCACCGAGACAGACUUCUCCAACUUAUAUGCCAGAGAUUUACUGCCUGCCAAAAAUGGAGAGGAAUCCACCAUGCAGUUUCUCUUGGAAGUGGUUGACAUUCUCUUGAAUUAUGUGAGGAAAACUUUUGACAGAUCCACCAAAGUCCUGGAUUUCCACCACCCUCACCAGCUCCUAGAAGGGAUAGAAGGCUUUAACCUGGAACUGUCAGACAACCCUGAGUCACUGGAGCAAAUCCUGGUGGACUGCAGGGACACUCUGAAGUAUGGAGUACGAACAGGUCAUCCACGUUUUUUCAAUCAGCUCUCAACUGGACUGGACAUUAUUGGUUUGGCUGGAGAAUGGCUGACUUCAACAGCAAAUACAAACAUGUUUACCUAUGAAAUUGCUCCAGUUUUCGUCCUGAUGGAACAAAUAACACUAAGGAAAAUGAGAGAAAUAAUCGGCUGGUCUGGAAAGGAUGGAGAUGGUAUUUUUUCCCCAGGAGGUGCAAUAUCCAACAUGUACAGUAUCAUGGCUGCUCGCUACAAAUACUUCCCAGAAGUGAAAACCAAAGGAAUGGCUGCUGUCCCCAAACUGAUCAUCUUUACCUCAGAACAUAGUCACUACUCUAUGAAGAAAGCUGGAGCCGCACUAGGAUUCGGGACAGACAAUGUCAUUCUGGUGAAAUGCAAUGAGAGAGGAAAGAUCCUUCCUGCUGACUUGGAGGCCAAAAUCCUUGAAGCUAAACAAAAGGGACAUGUCCCACUUUAUGUCAACGCUACAGCUGGGACAACAGUAUACGGAGCAUUUGACCCCAUAGAUGAAAUUGCAGACAUAUGUGAGAAGUACAACCUUUGGCUUCAUGUGGAUGCUGCAUGGGGAGGUGGACUACUCAUGUCUAGGAAGCAUCGCCAUAAACUAAAUGGAAUAGAAAGAGCUGACUCUGUCACAUGGAAUCCUCACAAAAUGAUGGGUGUAUUACUUCAAUGUUCUGCAAUUCUCAUAAAAGAAAAGGGUAUUCUUCAAGGAUGCAAUCAGAUGUGCGCAGGAUAUCUUUUUCAACAAGACAAGCAGUACGACAUAUCAUAUGACACAGGAGAUAAAGCAAUACAAUGUGGUCGCCAUGUAGAUAUAUUUAAAUUCUGGCUCAUGUGGAAAGCAAAGGGCACUGUAGGGUUUGAACAACAGAUCAACAAAUGUUUGGAGCUCUCAGAAUAUUUAUACCAAAAGGUCAGCAAUCGGGAAGACUUUCAGAUGGUCUUCAAAGGAGAGCCUGAACACACAAAUGUUUGCUUCUGGUAUAUCCCCCCAAGUCUUCGGGGAAUGCCUCAUUGUGAAGAGAGGCAAGAGAAAAAUUACACAAGGUUGCUCCAAAGAUAAAAGCUUUCAUGAUGGAGUCAGGAACAACAAUGGUCGGAUAUCAACCACAAGGGGACAAAGCCAACUUCUUCCGGAUGGUCAUCUCAAAUGCAGCAGCCACCAAAUCUGACAUCGACUUUUUGGUGGAUGAAAUUGAGAGACUUGGGCAAGAAUUGUAA